AUGAUUUCGCAUGAAUCUGUUCAAUCUGCAGUUGAACCUGCUAACACUUUUAGCUCUGAUAAAUUCCAAGCAGACUCCGGCGAAGAUGAUAUGGAUCUUGAAGAUUUGCUGACCAGGACGGAAUUAUACAAUGAAGACGUUCAUAUGUCAGAGAAUGACCAAGAAAGUUCGCCUGUUCGUACCGAGUCUUCAAGCAGGCAGACUUCCGUUUCAGCUCACAUGGAGGCUGUUGAACACUCUUCGCAGCAGUCAUCGUCUGCGUCGUCCGAAUACGAUAGCCCUAGCUCAGACGAAGAACACACUCAACAGAAACUGAAGGGGGUCAAGGCUUUGCCUUCUGAGCUUAUCCACAAUAUUGCUACCCUCACGAACUCUGAUCUUGAUCUGGGACGAUUAUCUUUAAGUGCUUCGUUCCUCGCAACCGAACUCAUACCAGAUGGCGCAGGCUAUUGGCGAAAGCGGUUCCUCGCAAGGUAUGAUUUUCCAAUACUGAAUGCUGGUGAUGAGUUUGCGACUGCAUACAAGAUACGGCGAUUUGUGCUACGAAAAAUGAACAGUCACUCCCUUGCGAGCGGCAACAUGAAACAAGCUGAACACCAGCUUCUUGUCCUAAACGAUAUGAUACUCGAAACUUACAACAGACACAAAGCUCACCUACCUCCUCCCCCGACCUCGAAGAACGUGGGUGCCAUGUCUUCGCCAGAUUCCUCGCCAUGGAUCGUUGAGUUCAUGCGUUGUGCUUUGUUUGGCAACCAGAAGUCCAAAUAUGGUCAACCAAACGUGCUCUUCGACACGAUACAAGUUACACUUUCUCAUCUGGUAUUGAACCGACGGUCACCUGUAUUAGUCAGACUACCGUCCUCACGCGAGAACUAUGACCUUACACGCGUUUACAAUUACAACAAGCCGUGCAAACCUCUGCUUGUGAGGUUGGAAGACAAGGAGCGACCACACAACCCACUAGAGAGUAAGAGAUUUCCCAACUUGCGAUCGUCACCGCCUGGACCACAGCAGCGGGGCUACAAGCUCGACAUUCAUACCGUCUUACAUAUUCGGAAUUUUUGGCAGCGACACAUUAGUGACGACACACAAGGCAUUGGAGAGAACACUUAUGCUUCUAUGGCGGCAAACCUUGUGGCGCACAAUAAGAUACCGCGGAGAUGGCAGCGGCCUCUGACCGAGCAUAUUCCUGUUGAGACAAAUUGGAUCGGUCACUAUAGUUGCCUGCAACCAUGGCCGAAAAGCAGACAAGAUCUCGAGGAAGGUCAAAGUUGCGCCGAGGAUUGGGAUCAUGUCGAUCCAAUGACGCUCGAGUUCGAGACGAGUACUACCGACACCGAAGGCAUUUUCUGGCCACCAGCUUUCAGCACUAUUCCGAUGUUCGAACGGAUAAUGCCUCCUGAAUCGGCCAAGCAGAGCCACAAUGUUACCUACAUCCGAGGUAUAGCGCCAUUCAAGGAGUUCAAGGACAAAAAGAAACCUAUGGAGAACUCAUCGGCAGAGCAAGAUGAAGACACACUGCCGAAGUGGCACCCAUUCCUCGCUUCCCGCCUGCACGGGUUCGUUCACGAUAUACCUUCAGAAGCAAUACUCGGCAGAAAACCGAGGAGAGCACGCUUCUCAGAUCCCAAGCACGACGAAAGAGAGAGUAUCAUACCUGGUUGGAAACACAUUGUUGCGGUCAUCUACAAACCAACGACACGACAGCUGGUCUCUGUCCUCGAGUAUGCACAGGAAGCGUAUGGCGGAGCUUCGGGUACAGAAAUGGACUUCAACACAGCAGACGUCUGGAACAACAACGCAGCCGGAGAGGGUCAAGGUGCGCCGUCGCAACAAACUGCAGGCGGUAACAACGACGAUUCCGCUGGCACCUACACUCCCCCGGAAGCAGCCACUAAUGCUGACAAUGACGAUGGAAAUGAAGGUCAACCAACCGAAGAGCAAGUUGAAGUUCAGCUUAGAAAAUUGCUGACAAAACGCGUCAAGUCAUUCAGCGAUAGCUACAGCAACCUUCUUGACGAGAACCUCAAGACUUCAGCUUCAAUGCCACCAUCUGCACCUCGAGGCGAAACCAAAUCAAAGACAGAGCUUCCACCACUGUUCUCAGCCAAGCACAUCCGGAUGCUGGAAGAAGACUUCUCGCCUGCACAAUACAUGACCUGGGACGAUGGGACGAUUGACUACGCCUACGCAUACGAAGGUGUAAUAACUCCAGGCGGGAAAAUUAUGCUUGGUCGAUGGUGGCGGAUUCAUGGGAUUGAGGGUAUGGGUCCAGGCAAGGAGGUUGGACCAGACGCUAUUGGCGUUGAAGUACGAUCAGUUUCCCUGCCGGAAAAUGUCUCAAAGACCUCGAAUACGGCCGAAGACGAGUCUGGUGGUGCUGGCAAGAAGAAAAGUAAGAGAAGGAGAAGCAAAAAUAAAGGAGGUAAAAGGAAGAGGCGUCGCACCAAGAAGGCGAAGCAGGAAGUGUAUGGCAACGAGACAGAUGACGAAGAAGAAGAUAGUACCGCUGACACAGAUUGGGAAGCACAAGACCAAAGUGACCAGCAGGAGCAAGCUCCUGAAGAAGAGAUCGAGUAUGAGUUUGUGACUAUGCUCAAUGGCGAAGAGAGUCGAGCUCAAAAUGCUACUAAGGGUCUUGAGAGGGGCCCAUUUGUGUUCUGGGCAUGCUGA